UCUUGUGACUCAAGCGCACAUCCACCUCUAAAACAUCUGAGAGGGGAUUUUUCUGUAGCUAAUUUCCCCCCUCCUCUCAACAACCACCCCCCAACCCUUAAUUUCCAUAGUCUUCUUGUAAAAGUCUUUACCCGGAGACAAAAGACACCUUUAAACAAGAAAACCUUCCAGUGAAAGAAGUCUCCGCAGCCAAUCUGAAUACUACUGCUACAGAGACUAGUGGUUGUGAAUCGAUAGAAAUGUCUACUGAAGCCAUAUCCUCUUCUGCGUCAGUCCAGGAAACCGCAGCCGGUGCCAUGGGAGAACCUUGUGAUUCUGCUACAGAAGUAACGUCCUCUGGGCAGAUGGCUAUGGAGCCUUCUUCCACCAGCUGCUGCAGUGAGAAAUCGGUCUGCACUUUCUACCUAGAGGGAAAAUGUCGUUUUGGAGAGAACUGCUUCAACCUGCAUCCGAGAGGGGUCGUAGUGGAGGAGAAGAAGAGUUCGCCGAAGGAGGAAAGGAAGAAGAAAAACGGUAAAAAGAAGAAAACUCGUCUGGAGUGGGAGAAAGAAGAAGAAGAAGAACCUGGUAAGAAGCCUUCCAUGAAGACAGCUGGGGACGUCAGAAAGAGAAUCCAGUGGGACUCCGAUCUCAGGAAGGAGCAUUUCGUGGUGGGCUACCUGGACCGAUUCGUGGGCGUCGUGGAGAAGCCUUUCACUGCAUUCACUUGGGAACAUUUAGCUACUGUAGACAUUGACCAGCUGGCCAUUCCCCAACACAGGAUCCAGUACUUCAAAUACAGAGGAGUUAAAGUCUGGGACAAGAAUGAAAGGCUGGACAAUGUCUUCGGCAGCACCGGAAGCAACAUCACUAUCCAGGAUGUGAUGCUGGAAGUUGACGAAGACGUCGAGGGGAGGCGACAGACCUACGACACUGACGAUUCUGAUUCGGACGACGAUGGAAUUGUCAUCUGCACAGGAGACACAGCUGCGAUCAAAGAAGCUGUUCAGGCUGAGAAACAAGAGUACGACCAACUCCGAGCUUCCCACUUCCUCUGCAUCAGACUCUAUAAUGAAGAGUUGAAGAACAUUGCACUGGAAGUUCAGGAGAACAUUAUAGAACAAGAGCCAGUGCUGAGGAGCUGUGCAAUGCCCACAGAACUCUUCCAUGUCACUCUGGCUAUGAUUCGCAUAGACGACCCAGAGGCCAUGACAGAGCUCAUUGAGCUCUUGCAGGCUCUUCGUCCAAAGCUUCAAGAAUUGGUGGCUGAUCAGAAGCAGAACCAGAUCUUCGCCAAAGGUCUGUCAACCUUCGGGGCGAGAGUUCUAUACUGUAAGUUGGAGGUGCCCGAAGCCUUUUCCAGGAUGGUGGAGAUGCUCCACCGGUCUUUGGAGGAGAUAGAGGGAGUAGUCAUCACAAACCACUUUGACUUUAUUCCUCACAUGACUCUGAUGAAAGUGAACCGCGUCAUUGCUCGCGAGAGGAGAAGCAAAUACCUCAACUCCAUCCUCUACAGUGAUUACAUAGACAAGGAGUUUGGGUUCAUUCCCAUCAAUAACAUCAACCUGUGUAUCAUUGAUGACAGGAGAGGAUAUGACGGAUUCUACCUCACCUGUCAAAAAAUUCAGUUAUGAUUUAUUUUCCUUUCUGAGUGACAAAAGUACAAAGUUUGUGUGAUG